AUGGAGGACAGGAAGAGACCGAUCAGCAGCGCUGAGGACUUGGCACCCCCAAGCAAGCGACAACAGGUCAAUGGAAGCAGCAAGUCGCGUGACGAUGCUGGCGACGAGGCCUGGAUCGAGAGCUAUCAAAAAGAUGCGAUCUACCGCCAGAUGCUCGAGUACAAGAGAGAGAAGACGCGUUUGGAAUCCCGCCUUGAAGACCUGAGCAAACAGUACGAAUACUAUGAUGACCACCUAAGAAUCAUUGAUGCUUGGUGGUUGCAGCUCCUGCAAGAAGUCCAGCUUUCAGCAGAAGGUAUCAUAACUGAUGACAAUGGAGAUGUCAAACCUUCAACAGGUCUUGGGUUUCAAGACAGCCCGUCUUUUAAGAGUCAUCUGUCAGGGAAAGCAAGUAGCAUCAAAACAGCUCUCGAUUCCCUGUUCCGGCGUCUAGCUGCCAACAAAGGCGACGUAAAGCCAGAUAUUGCCGACCUCGAAUCAAAAGUAAAGACGCUGUUGGCAAAGCAGAAGGAGGACAAAGUCCAGCUGGAGGGCCUCAUACAAAAGAAGGAUGAGUUGUCUGCAAGUUUGGACGCGGCCAUGCUGCGCGCCGUCAAAGCCGAGAAGAAACUCGACAGGGCGAAGAGCGCCCAGGUCCAGAAGAUGGAGCAGCAGGCUAUAGGUCAGGCGCUCAGCCGUCCGUCCCCAGCUGCAGAAGAGAAGAACGGAACCGGCCCCAGCCCGACCACAGGCAACGACGAAGCACUGCAGCUCAAAUAUGAGGAGGCGACGGCUGGAGAGACCAAACUAAAGGCCCAGCUGGACGCGGCAAUGUCGGAGAUCAAGACCCUGAAGGAGGAGAACUCUACCCUCCAAAUGCGCAAAGAAGGCACCACGGACGAGGACUUUGUGCGCACGGAUGUCUUCAAAGCCUUCAAGGGUCAGAAUGAGGACCUUAUCAGAAGGGUCAAUGAUCUAGAGGUCAUUAAUAAGCAACUACGACACGAGGCUGAGAAGCUACAGGCUGAGCGGUCGUCCUUCCGAACCCAACUGGAGCGCGAGGCACAAGCCGUCACUGCAGAUCUUGAGGAUCAGAUAUUGUCAAGGGAUCAGGAUCUAACCCGGAUUCGUUCGGCCAGGGACGAGCUACUCGCGGAGCUAGGUGUACGGAAGAACGCGCAGGAUCAAGAGCGCACGUCUAUUGAGAACAUGAAGGAGCUGGUCGGUGCUAAAGAGGAUCGGAUCUCGGCUCUGGAAAUGGAACUCGAACGACUGCGCCCGGAUGCAAACGCCAUGCUGUCCGAAAACGACCCCGAUCUGGAGGCGCUCGGGCCCGAGGAGCUGCGUCAGCAAUACACCAAGCUGAAGAGGGAGCUCGAAGCGCUCGCGCAAGAGCUGCCGGCCAUUGAAAAGGCCUACAAGCGUUCCAUGACGCUCUCACAAAAGAAGGUCAUGGAUCAGGUGGCGGCGGAAGAACGGAUGUCGAUACUGAUCCAAGAGAAGAGCAAGGCUGACCAGAAAUACUUUGCUGCGCGGAAAGAUGCCGACAUUCGCAACAACGAGAUCAAGACUCUUCGGCAACAAAAUGGCAAGAGCUCGGAGAUCAUUGCGGCGUUGAAGGACCACGAUUCGCAGGCUCGCACGCUCAACAGCAACCUGGAAAAACAGCUUACGGACCUGAAGCAAUCUAAUCUUGCCAUUCUGGAGGAGAACCGGACACUCAAAUCGUCAACGGCUGAUGCGGUCCGUCGGGCCGAUCAGGUCAAGACACAGAUUUCCGAGCUUCAAAAUCUGGUCAAGUCCAAGGAUGCAAUAGCGAUCAGCGUCAAAGAGCAGGCCAAUAUCUACCAAGUCGAGGUCGAGAAGCUGAAGAAGCGGGUCGAUAGUGCUCAUAAGGAGCGCGACACCUGGAAGAAGAAGAGUCUGAGCAACAUUUCUCCAGGCGAAGAGCUGCUGAAUAAUAUUCUUUGGUGUAAUGUCUGCCGCAAAGACCGCAACGACAGGGUAAUCACGACAUGUGGUCACAUCCUCUGUAAGAACUGUGCAGAGGAUCGGAUCAUCAACCGCAUGCGAGGCUGUCCCAUCUGCACCACGAGAUACGACAAGAAUAAUAUCGUGCCGAUAUACUUGACAUCAGCAGAUGAGGAGACUUGAGAGAUUCCCAUCCACCGAGACGAUGGAUGUAUUCUCAGACGUUCUUCUGGAUCUGUCGACGACGACGGUCGAGUCCAGCGCAGGAUUUCCAACUUGGGUGUUAUUGAGGAAAUUCUCUUCGUUGUUUUAGUACGGAUGUCGCAGCUGCAGAUUUUUCGACUCAACCUAGCAAAGGGCCCGAGUAGAAGGGGCGGGGUUCUGUGUAUUUUUUUUUUUGCCAGUCUCGGACCCAAGCCGUACAUACCAAUGCUUGAGACAGCACGUCAGAAAGCAGGAAAGGAAGGGCGGGUCAUCUGAAUUGAGUGGCGCGCGUGGCAGAGUUGUGUGCAUGUACAUUGAAACUGUUUGACUUAGGAAAGAAACGUACCCACGGCACGGUAUAGGCGGCAUCGUCAUGAUCAGGCGGGCCGGGCAGGCAGGCAGGCGUCUAUGAGAGUGGAAGCUUGAUUACUUGAAGGGCUGUUUCAGGAUGGCUCUAGGCAUGCAGAUGGAUAUCGGCCAAGAUCAAAUGAAGCUUUUCUUUUUUUUCUGAAGAGGGAAAAGUAGAAGAAGGAAGGCUGUUGUCUUCAGAACAAUGCCUGUCCCAGAGCAAAGCGUAACAGUACAAGUACAUUGUGUAGAAGCGUAGUUAGUAUAGAUGUACAGCAGCGCUCUUCC